AAGGAAGAAAUAGAAAGCACAGAAAAACCCUAAACCCUAACCACCAGAAGCUGCCGAGGUUGCUUCUAGACCCUUCCUCCUCUCACUAGAAAACCCAUCGCUCCUUCUUCUCCCACUCUCCUUCUCGCCUCUCUCUCGUCCUGUGAACUCUCCAUUGAUCCUUCCCUUCAGUCCCUUUUGACUUCCCUCCUUCCAGCAAUUUGCAUUCGACCAUGUACCGAUUCGCUUCUAGCCUCGCCACUAAAGCUCGGAUCGCCAGGAAUGGUGCCCAGCAGGUUGGAAGCAGAGUGAACUGGAGCAGGAACUAUGCGGCCAAAGACAUCAGAUUUGGCGUAGAGGCUCGUGCUCUAAUGCUUAAGGGCGUUGAAGAGCUUGCUGAUGCCGUCAGAGUCACGAUGGGUCCUAAGGGUCGCAAUGUGGUUAUUGAGCAAAGCUUUGGUGCCCCAAAAGUGACCAAGGAUGGAGUUACAGUUGCUAAGAGCAUUGAAUUUAAGGACAAAGUUAAGAAUAUUGGUGCUAGCCUCGUCAAGCAGGUUGCUAAUGCUACCAAUGAUACUGCCGGGGAUGGGACCACUUGUGCUACAAUUCUCACAAAGGCCAUAUUCGCCGAAGGUUGCAAAUCAGUUGCAGCGGGAAUGAACGCAAUGGAUCUACGUCGUGGAAUCGGCAUGGCUGUUGAUGCCGUUGUCUCCUACUUAAAAAGUAGGGCACGGAUGAUCAGCACGUCUGAAGAAAUUGCACAAGUUGGCACCAUAUCAGCCAAUGGGGAGAGAGAGAUCGGGGAGUUGAUUGCCAAGGCAAUGGAGAAGGUUGGGAAAGAGGGAGUUAUCACUAUCCAAGACGGGAAGACAUUAUAUAAUGAGUUAGAAGUUGUGGAGGGAAUGAAGUUGGAUAGAGGUUACAUAUCACCUUACUUCAUCACUAACCCGAAAAACCAAAAAUGUGAAUUAGAAAAUCCCCUGAUCUUGAUCCAUGAGAAGAAAAUCUCCAGCAUGACUGCGAUUGUUAAAGUACUAGAGCUGGCCUUGCAGCACCAAAGGCCCUUGUUGAUUGUUUCUGAAGAUGUAGAGAGCGAGGCACUGGCAACUCUCAUCAUAAAUAAGCUUCGUGCUGGACUCAAGGUUUGUGCCAUUAAAGCUCCUGGAUUUGGAGAAAACAGGAAGUCGGGGCUUCAAGAUCUUGCUGCUCUUACAGGAGCACAAGUUGUAACUGAAGAGCUUGGGAUGAAUCUCGAAAAGGUUGAGUUAGAGAUGCUUGGUAGCUGCAAGAAGCUUGCAAUAUCAAAGGACGACACAGUCAUUCUUGAUGGAGCUGGUGACAAGAAAUCCAUCGAAGAAAGAUGUGAACAGAUCCGGUCUGCUAUAGAACUGAGCACUUCCGAUUACGAUAAGGAGAAGUUGCAAGAAAGGCUUGCCAAGUUGUCUGGUGGUGUGGCUGUGCUGAAGAUCGGUGGUGCAAGUGAAGCUGAGGUCGGUGAGAAAAAAGAUAGAGUCACAGAUGCCUUGAACGCAACUAAGGCAGCUGUGGAAGAGGGUAUUGUCCCUGGUGGAGGUGUUGCUCUUCUUUAUGCGGCAAAAGAGUUGGACAAACUUCAGACGGCCAACUUUGACCAAAAGAUUGGUGUUCAAAUUAUUCAGAACGCAUUGAAGACUCCUGUUCAUACGAUUGCAUCUAAUGCUGGAGUUGAGGGGGCCGUUGUUGUUGGCAAGCUAAUGGAACAAGAUAACCCAGAUCUCGGCUACGAUGCUGCCAAAGGUGAUUACGUCGACAUGAUCAAAGCUGGAAUUAUCGAUCCGCUUAAAGUAAUCAGGACUGCUUUGGUUGAUGCUGCCAGUGUUUCAUCCUUGAUGACAACAACUGAAGCUAUUAUAACCGAGCUACCUAAAGAAGAGAAAGAAGCUCCUGGGAUGCCAGGCGGCAUGGGCAUGGACUACUGAGAUCCCUUACGAGUUACAAACAACUGAAUAGGGAGGCCUAAAUAUUGGAUUUUGUACCCGAAUUGUUUGAAGAGUUCUAGUUGUGUAUUUUGGUCAUAGUGAGCGACUCCCCUUCGAAUUUUUUCGGGUUUGCAGGUAGAGGUGUAGCUUGUUUCUCCCCCAAAGGGAAAGCCGAAUUGUGAGUAACCAUUGCCGAUAUUUCCCACAAUAAAUGAUUUAUUGUCGCCCUUGUUGCUUAGGACAAUAAUCAAAGAAUGACAAUGAUGUCUGCAAUUGGUCUGUUGCUAGCAGAAUGUAACCAUAUCCAAGAAGUCGCAGCCUUUUAAAGGUUGAUACAGAGCAUUGCUGAGUUCACUUAGAUCUUGAUCAUCAGCAACCAUGUUCCCAU